AUGCCGCUGGGCCUGAACCUCUAUAAAUAUCAUAUGGGCCGCAAAAACUUUUCUAACUUCAGUGGACACCUCAAUAAUCAAGUCGAAUCUAACAAAUCUUUUGAUACAUUUUUUAUUUUGAAACGUAUUUCUACUACAAAUGAGACUUUUCAUACUGUUUCUCCGUUCUUGGUUGAGAAGGCGAUAUCCUCUAAUCUUGGUAACACUAAGUCUAUUCGGAAACUACGCUCAGGAGAUCUGCUUAUUGAGGUAGCAACUCGUAAGCAAGCAGAACAAAUUCUUAAAUUGAAUUCUCUAAGCACUAUCCCUGUUUCUGUUACUCCGCAUGCAUCUCUUAACUCCUCAAAGGGUGUGAUUUCUUGUGGAGAACUUUUUAAUGUUCCGGUAGAGCAAAUUUGUAAAGAUUUCAAGGCAAUUGGCGUUACACAUGUGCGUCGGAUCAAAAUCAGAAAAAAUGGUGAACUAGUUGAUACUAAGCAUUUAAUUCUCACUUUUCACUCUCCUAAAAUACCCGAGUCAGUUAAAGCGGGGUACAUGAAAUUGGCAGUUAGACCAUAUUUUCCAAACCCCUUGCGGUGUUUUAAAUGCCAGCGUUUUGGGCAUUCACAAGCUUCCUGCCGUGGAACUCUUAUUUGUGCCCGCUGUGCGGAAGCUGUUCAUGACAGUUCUGCAUGUACUAAACCAGAGAAAUGCGUAAAUUGCAAAGAUUCUCAUACUUCCUUUUCCCGUUCCUGUUCUGCUUGGAAAUUUGAAGAAAUGAUUGCUGAGAAGGUAAAAAAAGAUAUUUCUUAUAUCGAAGCCAGACAGAUUGUGAAGUCUCGCACUCCACCUCCAGGAGUCAGCUAUGCAUCUGUGGUGAAUAAAACAUUCGGAACCACAAGCACUCAGAUCUUAUCUGCAGUUCUGCUCGAUUUAAAAUAUCGUACAUACCUUCGGAGACCUGCCCUAGAUAUGACGAAUCUUUUAUAG